AUGGAAGGGCUUAUCGACAAUGUUGAAAACUUAGAAGAUGCAUCAAACAAGGGACACGCCAUCAUUGAAAGAAUCAAUGAGGCAUGCCUUCUGGAGGACAAUUCAGAAGAACUAUGGCAAUCCAGUGGUAUGUAUGUCAAGAUGCAUGAUUUGAUUCGUGACUUGGCGAUAUGGAUUACAUCUCCGCGGUCCCAUGAAGAAUCAAAAUUUCUUGUGAGAGUUCGUGCGGAGCUAAAGGUGCCACCCAGGGAGGAGAUGUGGGAGGAGAUGCAAAGGAUUUCAUUGAUGUGGAAUCAAAUAGAGGAGCUUCCGAUUCGGCCCAAUUGUCCUAUGUUGGUCUCCUUGUCGCUUAAAAACAAUCUCGAAUUAAAGAUAAUUCCUAGUAGCUUCUUCGAGCUCAUGCCAAAACUUCAGAUUCUUGAUCUAAGCUACACCGCCAUUCAAUCGCUUCCAAUGUCCUUGUCUUUGUUAGUGAAUUUACAUGCACUGAUUUUGAAACAUUAUAGAAGUUUAGUUGUGCUACCACCAUUCGGAGAGCUAAAAGAACUCGAAUUCAUUGAUCUCUCUUACUCUGCCAUCAGCAAUCUGCCUACGGGCUUUGGAAAUUUAGUGAAGCUUAAGAAAUUGAAUCUAUCAAGCUUGGAUUGGCUCAGAAGAAUUGCACACAAUGUAAUCUCUAGACUGUUGAAUCUAGAGGAUCUAAGACUGCUUAAAACGUGUGUGAACUGGGCCUCAGAUGCUGUUUCACAAGAAGUAAGCAGUGCUACGCUAGGCGAGGCAGCAACCUUGAAACGCUUGACUACUUUCAAAAUCACAAUACCUGACAUUGAUUGCCUGGAGCAUGAUGUGUUCCAUCGAUGCUGGCCAAGCUUGAGAAAAUUCACUUUUUACAUUGGUUCCGAUAAUUGGUUCAGUGACAAGUUAUGUUGCGAGAAGUCCGUGCAGAUAUAUGGUUGUGACCAUUUCCCUCAUGGAAGCAAGGUGAUGAUAGAGCAUGCGGAAGCCUUGGGUUUCGAGAAAUGCAGUGGUCUAACACGGGUUUCUCAAGUUGCGGGCAACUCGAAGAACUUAAGACAGCUUCAUAUCCACGAUUUCACUGGAAUGAAUUGUGUUAUAGACUGGAGAGACGUGGGAGAUGGUGCGCUCCAAAGGUUAGAGAUGUUGUACCUUGAUCAGUUACUGAACUUGAAAACACCAUUCGAGGGGGCAGUCCCACAAAGAAGCCUUCAAAACCUAAGAUCCAUAGAGGUUUCAAUCUGUGGCAAGUUGAGGUGUCUAUUCUCUUCCAGUGUGAUAGAACAUCUAGAGUUGUUGGAGGAACUUAAAGUGCGAUCGUGUUAUGAAAUGGAGGAAAUUGUUGAAGGGGACAUGUUGCCAGACAAUGCAUUUCCAGGAUUACGCGAACUGAGGCUAGAGAGAUUAUAUAAUUUAACAAGAAUUAUCUCUAGUACAGCAUCGGCUUUUAUGAGCUUGCAAAAGAUGGAGGUGUAUAGAUGUCCAUUAUUGAAGAAGUUGCCCUUCUGCACUAGCAUACAGAUGAUCAAAGGACAGAGUGAAUGGUGGGAUGCUAUGGAGUGGGAAGAUGAGCAUAACAAAUAUGCCAAGAGUUCUGAUUUGCAGGUUAGACACUUACAGCUACAUAUGUUUUUACAGGUUAGAGAUUUUUUUGCUGGUGCAUUUGCUGUGUAUUUGGAGCCAUGGCAUUUGCUGGAAUCGGAGACUUUUGGACAGGAGAUAAUUCAGCAGACUGGGAUCACCUUUGAGUCUCAGUUCCAAUGA